AUUUUCUAACGGAGCUAUCAAACCAAACUGAGAUCGAAAGUAUCUAGCUCCAAUCGGUACACUCAGUAUCGGAAUGACCAUUUCCUGUCAGUUUGAUAUUCAUUUCCUGUUGCGAAAUAGCUAGCUAGCGGUUCGUGUGCAGCCUGCUAGCCGUUAGCUAAUUGUAGCUAGCUAGAUGAUGUGUUUUAGUGGGCUUGGAAAUAAUCAUAUUUGCCGAAAGACAUUGAAUAUGGAAGGAUCGUGUAACAUUUGCACGUUGCCCCGGGGAUAUAUUGCAACGGACAUAAUUUUUUGAGGAUAACCUGGAUAACCUUAGCUACAUGAAAUGUCAUAAACUAGCCGCGGAGUUGGAGGGACCCACAACCUCCUGAACAGCUGUAUUGAUGGAGAAAUGUCCUCCGAGACGAUAGCAAAUAUAAUACUGCACAAGGUUUAGCGGAAUUAUUAUAGUCUGCUAUCUUGUCUCUGUAUCUAGUCUGUCAAGCAAAUAGUAGACGGGUCAUUCCGAGAUUGCUAGCUACUUAGUCAAUGAUGAGAUAGCUAACUGCUGCCAGUGCUGGUGAAGAAAUCACAGCUGUUUUGGCAUCUGCAAACAACAAGACUGGCUGUGUCAGACAAACCUUCGGCCUUGUCCAGAAAUACAAACUGGCACAAUACAUACAUUUGUGAAACUGGCACAAAUGUAAACAAGGACAUUUGAACAGUCUGUAUCGAAGUGAGGAUAAUUUUUGCUGAUCAUCGAGACUUGACAAAACUAUAAUGAGGAAGUUUUUUGAUUCAUCUCGUCGGGAGUUGGUCAGUUCUGGACCUGCUUCUGGAGGGGGUAGCAGUGGAUCCAGCCAUGCAGGUGGCAAUUUAAUUGGACGUUCAUGUACAAUUGGGCGGCACCAAGUCACUAUUGAAGAAACAGUGGCCGAAGGGGGGUUUGCAAUUGUGUUCCUGGUACGAACAAGCCAGGGGCUCCGCUGUGCCCUCAAGAGGAUGUAUGUCAACAAUGAGCACGACCUGCAGGUGUGCAAGCGAGAGAUCCAGAUUAUGAAGGACCUGGUCGGCCAUAAGAACAUUGUUGGCUAUCUGGACUCUAGUAUCACCACUUGUGGAGGAGGAGAUGUGUGGGAAGUGCUCAUCCUCAUGGACUACUGUAAAGGAGGCCAGGUGGUGAACCUGAUGAACCAGCGUCUGCAGACAGGCUUCACAGAGGCAGAGGUACUGCAGAUAUUCUGUGAUACGUGUGACGCUGUGUCUCGACUGCACCAGGGCAAGACACCCAUCAUCCACAGGGACCUUAAGGUGGAAAACAUCCUGUUACAUGAUAAGGGUCACUACGUGCUGUGUGACUUCGGAAGCGCCACCAAUAAGUUCCAGAACCCACAGACCGAAGGAGUGCCAGUAGUCGAUGAGGAAAUAAAAAAGUACACCACUCUGUCAUAUCGUGCUCCUGAGAUGGUAAACCUCUACAACAGCAAGAUUAUCACUACUAAAGCUGACAUAUGGGCAAUGGGCUGUUUGCUGUAUAAGCUGUGCUACUUCACUCUACCCUUUGGGGAGAGCCAGGUGGCCAUCUGUGAUGGCAGUUUCACCAUUCCUGACAAUUCCCGCUACUCCUACGACCUGCACUGCCUCAUCCGGUACAUGCUGGAGCCCGACCCUGACAAAAGACCUGACAUCUACCAGGUGUCCUACUUUGCUUUUAAACACGCUCGUCGGGACUGCCCUGUUCAGAAUGUUAAGAACUCUCCAAUUCCUGCUCAACUCCCUGAGCCAAUCAAAGCCAGCGAGGCUGCUGCAGCAAAGAAGAACCAGAGCCAGACACAGAGUAAGGCAAGACUGACAGACCCCAUCCCCACCACUGAGACCUCCAUCACGCCCCGGCAGAGGCCCAAAGCGGGCCAUGCCCAGCCCAACGCUGGAGUCCUACCCAUCCAGCCGGCUGCCCUCACCCCUCGCAAACGGGCCAACCUACCUGCCGGAGGGGCCCUUCCUCUUGGAGUGAACUUAAACCUUGCCCAGCAAGCGGCAGCCCUCCAAUCACAGAAGGCACAGAAGGCACUUCAGCCAGCGACCGGCCAAUCACAUAACCCUCCCAGUGAGGCAACACCCCAGCUGGGUGGAAAGCCCCAGGCUGGUGCUCAGCAGAAGCAGCCAGGACAGUUGCAGCAGCAGCCUAUCGAAGCAGUGGGAGGAGUCCCACCUGUGCAGACCAUGGCGGAGGCCCCGAGCACCCCUCAACAGGCCUUGCCUCCCCCGAUGGCCAGUCCUUCCCCUCAGAAGGCCCAGGCUCCGUCCAGCCCAGCCCCACCCAAAGCCCCAGCACGUCGUAAGCAGGCCAGCCAGAGCCAGGCCCAGCAGCAACCAUCUGCUCAGCCUACUCCAGCCCAUCCUUCAGCUGCACAGCAGCCUACAGCUCGGCAGCAACCAGUUCCUCAACAACCAGUUGCCCAGCAACCAGUAGCUCAGACAGAAGCAGCCCAGCAUCCACCUGUCAAGACCCAGUCCACUCCUGCCGAGACCAGUCACAACACAGCUGAGACUGAGACGACUCCGCACCACUCUCCAAAGACAGCAGAGCUCACCCCGAGUAACGUUACCCAGAAUGCAGUCGGUGGGCUACCUGGAAGUGACUUCAGCCUACUACUGCAAGAGGCCACAGCAGAGGAUGAUCUCAACCAGUUAAUAUCUGUCAGUACAUCUCCACCCAAUUCCACCCGGUCCCUUCAGCAGAGUGUGUGUGAACCAGCACAAGACGGCAACUUUGCUGCCUUUGCCCAUUCCCCUACCUCUGGCCCUGCCACCGGUUCCCCCACGCAGCCCGCCUGGAACCCUUUUGGUGAUGAUGACUUCUCCAAUCUCAGUGCAGAGCAACUGAUUAACAAAGACCUGGUUGAUGAACAGGCUGAUGACGUGGCUGCAGAAGCAGAGGUGGAGAUGGCCCGCACAGAGGAACUGAUACCUGGCCUGCUGGAGGUCUCCUCCCCUGGGGAAACCACCCCCCAACCUGCUGUAGAGCAAUCUGAAGACAUCCUUGGACUGGAUACAGGAGAGUCUUUGUUGACUGUUCUGGUCCCUUUCAGCACCCUAGCACUCUCAGACACUCCAGAGAAGCUUAUUGAGGGACUGAAGUCCCCAGAUACACACCACCUGCUCCCUGACCUCCUGUCCAUGGCUGAUCCCUUUGGCAGAACGGUGGUGGAGGCUGUUAAUGUAGUGGGUCCAGCAGAGAACUCUCUUUUGAGUCUGGACUCUCUGAUCCCUGGUCUGGAGGCUCCUGUGUCCCAGUCUGAGACAGAUUCUACACUGCUUCAUGAUCCCCUGCUUGGGGAGGACUCUCUGCUGGGUUGCUCUCUCAUCUCUCCCCCUUCUAGAGCCUCCUCUCUCUCCUCUGCUCCCGCUUCUGCUGGCUUUACGUCUGUUCUGGAAGAGUUUGACCUGGCAUCUGGGGGUUCCACCCAGUUUCUGUCAGACUCUUCUGAUCUCCUGAUCCCAGGCUUUGAGCCUCCACCCAGUGCAGAGACAGCCAACGAGGAUGAGUUUGACCCCAUCCCUGUCAUGGCCUCCUCCCAAGGUAAGCCCAGUGGGCUUCCAGCCUUCAGACCAGAGGCAGGGACAGGCAGGGUGUCUCUGUCCUGUCCCACUAAGAUUGCCAUUCAUACCUCAACCAGGGUCAGAGGAACUCUGGGAUUUGAUUCCGGUCAAUGUCCUCAGUAGUGUAUUAAACCCUGUUCCCUCUUCCCCUUGUAGAUUCAUCUGAGUAGCCAUCCUCGCAUCCUUUGUGUAGUUAUUCCGUAACACUCUUAGAUUGUAUCUGGAGAGAAAUUCCUCUUUGUGUCUUUCUCUGUCUUCUGUAACCUUAUCUUCUCACCCUCUUUUCCCUGGCGCCUGUUCUUUCUUACUUAACUCCCUUGCUUUUCCCUCCUGUCCCCCCUGCUUCGCCUUGGCCCACCUCCCUACCGCCCUCCUCUCUGUCCGGACAGUUUCAGGAGGCCACUCUCGAAGUAACAGUGGCAGUUCUGAGUCCAGCCUUCCCAGCCUGGCCCGCUCCCUGCUCAUGGUGGACCAGCUCAUCGACCUGUAGAGGCCGGUGGGGAGCCGGGACACUAAAGAGAGGGGGAGUGGGGGGAUGGAGAGACGAGGUAGAAGUAUUGAUGCUGGAGAGGAAAAUAGACCCCACCAUUAGUCGUUACACCCCUACACCAUUCAUCACCAACGCUUGUUCCAUGGGAACUCCUGCUGUCAUUCCGAACGCACUGGGCGAUAGAGUUCUAGAUCCAUAAUCAUUGUCCUGUCUGUGUUUGUCCCAUCAUGCCUCUGAUAUUGAUUCCCGUCAUGUCCACCACUUUUCUUCUUCCCCCCUCUGCCCUCUCAUUUCAUGCUCUCACAGCAUUUAGGCCUAUGUUCUGUUGCCUUCUGCGGUCAUCAUGGCAAACAAGUUCAUGGCACACUGCUUCUAGCUUUUGCGUUCAUGGCACCCUAACAAUAUAACUUUUGCUUUCACGACACACUAACUUUUUCUAGCUUUUGUAUUUGUCACUCUAACUUGAUCCAAGAGUUCUUCUUUCUGUAGACCAGGGUCAAAUGUUUCACCAUGUUUCACUCCUAUCUCUCUGGUCAGUCUUGUCCUGUAAGCAACCAGAUAAUUCCACUCUUGUUGUUAGUAGAUGUUGUUAUGGUGGACAAGUAGAUGUUUUGUCUCCUGCCUUUCUCCAGGGUUAUAUUUAUAUUUCACUUGGAUUAUUAUUUGCGCACAUUCGGUAACAACAAUAUCACAACAUUGAUUUCUUCUAAACAUCUUGAGUUGUACUGUAGAACGUUGAAAAAAUGGUUGUCUGUCUGCCAAUUUAGUUUCCCACACUUCAGUGGCUGAGUUUUCAGGGAUUGUGUUUUAACCCUUAGCGUGAGGUAUCAUAGCCGGCGUGAUGGGAUAGAUGUCAAUAACAAAAAGGACGGAUUACUCCACCAGCUGGUCCAGAGAUUGAGCCUCCCUGUGGACGCAUCCUCCCAACUGCCAUUAGCAGAGCACUGUAAGAGCCACCAGGCAUGUUACCUGUCUAUGGUCAAAAUGAGCUAGGAAGUUAUUCAAAAAUGUUAUAAGUUAGCACCAACAUAUCUUAAGACUUUUUAAAGCCAACAUUAACAUAAAUAUGGAGCUAACAAUCCCAAAGGAAGAAGCUAAGAUUUAAAAACACCAGCUUGGCUCGGGACUCAGCUGCACAUUGACAACAUUGAUGCUUUUCUAAAGCAUUUGCUUGUUUUCCUCUCGUUGACCUCUCCUUAGCCUGACUAUACAGACCGUCGGUCAAUAUCAUCCCUUUCAUUUCAGCCUGUUUGUGCCCACGCAAUCCUUUCAUUCUAUUCAAACAUGCAUUCCCACAGAAAGUCCAUUCCUACUUGUACAUAGAUCCUAUAUUCCAGUAAUAUAUCAGCCCUACAUAGUGUAAAUGUAUGUAUAUCUGCAAUACCCACAGACUCUGAUCCAGUGAUCAUACGUGUGGUUCUUCUCGUGUAUAAAGUUAAUGUUACAAAACAUGUAUGUCCUCUGUUACUCAUCGGUCAUCAUAGCUUACAUUGUGAAAAAAAUAUAUAGAAAAGUUUAUUUCAUAUAUAGCUAAUAAUACAUGUGAAUAUGAAUAGAGUGUUAGAGAAUGAAUGUAUGAAAUUAAUAUCAUUAUAAAUAAAGAUUCAUAUAUUUAAAUAUAAUUCUUAAGAUGACUAUUAUAGACGAAUACUUUGUUUUUCCUGUGCAGCUGUGUUUUUUCCACCAUAUUUCUCCCCAGAUUCCUAUUGUGACAUUAUCAUAACAUACAGUUAUGACAAUCUUAGCUUUGAUCUGUUGUUGAGGGUUGGGUAGGAUUUCUUCAAGUAGUGUCUAUUAACUUGCCUUGACCUAAGGAGGGUUUUAUUGCAAACAAAGUAGUUUGUUGUACAUUGGGACCGCAACCCAGGGAGCUUUACCAUGUCUUAUACUGUACCAUACUUAAUCACGCUGUACAAAGGCAGAGAACUACAGUCGUUGCUGAAAUAGUGCUCUACAAAGCCAUGCUUUCUCCACGCAGAUUUUAUAUUAUCAAAAAGAUGCAUAUCGAAGCAUGACCGUGUUGUUGAAUGUUCUGUUCUAUUGUGUUGGUAGACAGUGUUAUCAUCGGUGUGUGAAUGUGUGAACAUACAGUAAUGGAACUCCUAGCCAGUCUGACUCGUUGGAUGUGAUGCGGUUGUGUUGUUGUCUAACCUCACUGCAAUAAGUGACAUCUACAGUGAUGUUUGUGUUGACUUCGUCACAUUUGAAAAGCACAGGCCCUCUUAAUUAAAUAGCGCUGAGUCCACUCUGUUGCCCAUAGAGGAAGCCACUGUUUUUGAGAGCACAUCAGUGUCUCUCUGAGUGGACCACUAGACUCAGUGAUCUGACUGAAUUAGAGGAAAGGAAUAUAUUGGUUAUCAGACAGAGAGGGGCAAGCACUACACAGGACUCAACACUAUGACCACAUACACGUCAGAUCCUAUGAAGAUAGGAAUGUUCACUAUACAUUUCAAGGAAUUACAGAUAAUUGCUCUACUGCAGUUUUCCAAACAAUGCAUGCCAAGCAACAGCACGUAUUGGCAGUAUUCUAAAAUUCAAUGUUGUGUCACAUCUAUCUCAAGCUGAAGUUCACAUCUUAUCCCCUCCACUACUGUACAGUCUAGUCAUCUGCAGAUACUCAUGAGGCUAUUGACCUAUGCAAUCUUUGCUUCUUCCUGUAGACACCACUGUGCUGUUGUUCUUGGUAAAGGUCUUGCCCUCCAGGUAGUUCAACUUGUGUUGUUGUGAAAAAGAGAUCCUUCAUGUUGCCCAGUUGUUUUUGCCAAAAGUGGAAAAAUCUGUUUCUGAUGACCAUUGUUCUCCUGAAUGUUCUGGAUUUCUGUCCGUCUAUAUGACACCUAAUCCCUCUGAAUGUUCUGGAUCUCUGUCCGUCUAUAUGACACCUAAUCCUGCGUCAGCGCAGUCAUUUCUGUGUGCACCUUCUAUUUUUGUGAGAUAACUAAAGAAUUACAAAGAAAGGGAUGUUGAAUAAACAUAUACAUGUGAAUGUA